GCAUUUAUUGCUUGAAGGAAGCAGUUUUUUGUCCGUAUCUCCUCCCUUGUUAGUUGUUGCUACAUCAUCCUGUGAUCCCAUCCCCAAUAAUCAACUCUCUACUAUAAUCUCGAAAACGCACACUUCUCUCUCUCUCUCGAUAAAGAAUUAAUGGAAAGCAAAGAUGGUGGUUCGGCGGCAGAAUCAUGUGGACAAAGCAAGAGUGGCCUCAACAGAUUCACACUUCUAUGUGCUCUUCUGGCCUCCACAAAUUCCAUCCUCCUAGGCUACGAUAUUGGUGUGAUGAGUGGGGCAGCCAUGCUCAUAAAAGAGAACCUCAAAAUAUCGUCGGUGCAGGAGGAAGUCUUGGUCGGAACCCUAAACAUCUUCUCCCUAAUUGGCUCACUGGCCUCCGGCAAAACCUCCGAUUUCAUUGGAAGGCGCUACACCAUAGUCCUUGCCGCAUCAACCUUCCUAGUGGGCGCACUCUUCAUGGGUCUCGCCCCAUCUUUCCACUUCAUCUUGGCCGGAAGAAUUGUCGCCGGCAUCGGCGUCGGCAUAGCCCUCAUGAUUGCACCGCUCUACACGGCCGAGCUAUCCCCCGCCAUGAAACGUGGCUUCCUCACCUCCCUCCCCGAAGUUUUCAUAACUCUUGGGAUCCUCCUAGGCUACGUCGUCAACUAUUCUCUCACGGGCCUUCCAUUGAACGUUGGCUGGAGGCUCAUGUUGGGCCUUGCGGCCGUACCCGCGGUUGCCAUUGCCUUGGGCGUCAUAGCCAUGCCCGAGUCCCCACGUUGGUUGGCCAUGAAAGGAAGAGUGGAUGAGGCAAAGAAAGUUCUGCUCAAGAUCUCAUCCAAUCCUGACGAAGCUGAAUUGAGGCUCCGUGAAAUAACCAAGGCCGCGUCCUUCGUCACAGGCCCAACUGGAAGCCCAACCUCGGCCCAUGUUGCUACGGCAGAAGAUUGGGCUGGGCAGGGUGUUUGGAAGGAACUUCUAAUAAGGCCCUCUUGGCCCGUUCGGAGAAUGCUGAUCUCCGCCAUAGGGAUCAACUUUUUCAUGCAGGCCUCCGGCAACGAUGCCGUCAUAUAUUACCUCCCGGAGGUGUUCAAGGCCGCCGGUGUUAAAAGGAAGAAACAGCUCUUUGGAGUUAAUGUGAUCAUGGGCUUGUCCAAGAGUUCAUUUGUUUUGAUUUCCGCACUCUACUUGGACAAGUUUGGGAGAAGGCCUCUUAUAUUGUUGGGCUCGCUUGGCAUGGCGGUUUCCUUGUUCAGUCUGGGCCUUGGGUCGAAGUUUCUUGGGGAGUCAAGUAGGAAGCCAGCUUGGGCCAUAGUGUUGUGUGUGGUGGCCGCGUGUGCUGAUGUGUCGUUCUUUUCAAUUGGGCUUGGGCCCAUAACAUGGGUGUACUCAUCAGAGAUAUUUCCAAUGAGGCUUCGGGCCCAAGGUUCAAGCCUUGCGAUAUCGGUGAAUAGGUUGGUGAGCGGGGUGGUGUCGCUGUCGUUCCUCAGCAUUUCUAACAAGAUAACGUUUGGAGGGAUGUUCUUUGUGCUGGGAGGGGUCAUGGUGGUGGCUACGCUUUUCUUUUAUAUAGUGCUAGUAAUAUCAAUAAUAAUAAUUGUAAUAAGGACACUGAAUUGGAAUUGGUUAGUGUGA